GAAAGAGCUGCAGUCCGGAAAGAUAGGAAAAACUUAGUGCUGAUGAAAUACUUGAUAUUUUGGAUUUGGGAGAUAUAUCUGAUAUUGAAGAUUUAUGCGAUGAUGAGAACGAGAAUUCUACUUUUGUAAAUAAUGGAAAUGAAGAAGAAGAAGGCCCAGUCUUGGAUGGUAUUUCUCCAGCCCUGAUGGAAUCUUUAUCCAAUGAGGUGGAACAUGACUUCACCCCACGUCCUCCACUGAUGAAUCUCCGAUCUCAGAGAGGUGAGCCCAACAUCAUUGAUGAAUUGAUUGAAGACACCAUUGAAGAAGAGAUUGAAGAUAGUGCUCCAGCAACUUGUCAGUCACUCAAGGACUUCCAAUUAGAUUAUUUCAAGAAGAUGAAUAUCACCGAAAAGAAGAAAUGUGGAAUGGUUGAGAGGAAUAAACCCCAGCAUAGUGAAAGAAUAUGAGGGAGGGCAUGAUGAUGAAGUAUUUGGCUCAUUGUAUCCUAUGGAAAUUUUUCAUAAAUAUAUACCACAGGAGAUGAUAGUACAGAUGGUUGACUGUACGAAUUACUAUGCAAUUAGUAAGAAUAUUGCAAAUUUCAAACCAACCACAGCAGAGGAAAUAAAAAUAUUCUUGGGAAUUCAUCUGGCUAUGGGUAACUUGGGGUACCCCAGAGUACGAAUGUACUGGGAGCCACGGUUUCAUAUUCCACUGAUAUCUGAUUCUGGGAUCACUAUCAAUAGAUUCUUCAAAUUGCGUACCUGUUUUCAUGUCACCAAAGAAGAUGAAAGGCCAGCUGGAAAUAAGGAUAGGUUUUGGGAAAUUCGACCAAUUUAUGAUUCUGUAAAGAAAAAGGUGCAAUGAACUACCAGUUGAAAGCAAGCUUAGCAUUGAUGAACAGAUGGUCCCGUUCAAAGGCUCCCUGGAUAUGAAGCAGUACAUAAGAAACAAACCUACAAAGUGGGGAGUAAAAAUCUUUGUACUUUGUGGUGAGAGUGGCACAAUGUUUGACUUCCUCAUCUAUCAAGGAUCUACAACUGAAGUGAAAAGUGAAUAUACUCAAUUUGGACUAGGUGCUGCUGUUGUGAUGCAGCUGUCAGAGAGGCUGCCUCAGUUUUUUCAAAUAUAUUUUGACAAUUUCUUUAGCACUUAUCCUCUUUUUCAAUGGCUGAUAAAGAAAGAGAUCUAUGCUGUGGGUACCAUUCGUGUGGAUAGGUUUUGCAAGCCCCCAUUGAAGACCGACUCAGAAAUGAAGAAAUUGCCCCGUGGAUCUGUUGAUGAAGUUGUUAGCAAAGAUGAAAUCAUCCUAACUAAAUGGUCUGACAACUCUUGUGUCACACUGGGAUCAAACUUCAUUGGAAAAGGUGAAUUUGAUACAUGUCGUCGUUGGGACAAGAAACAGAACCGCUACAUAGAUGUUCCUAGGCCACAAUGUGUGCAAUUGUAUAAUGCUAGCAUGGGAGGGGUCGAUAAACUGGAUUUCCUUGUUGCACUCUACAGAACGUUCAUCAGAAGCAAGAAAUGGACCCUGAGGAUGUUUACACAUGCUCUUGAUCUAGCUGUCACCAAUUCUUGGCUGGAAUAUAGGAAAGAGUCGGCUAGACAACAAGUGCCUUCCAAAGAGAUGAUGGAUCUCAUCCACUUCCGUCAAUAUGUCUCAGAAGCCCUUAUUGUUGGAGGAAGACAACCUACAAAGAAGAGAGGAAGGCCUUCUUCCACUGAAGAAGCAACAACUGCACCACUACACCACAAACGAGUUGCAGCUAUCAAACCAGUGAUGGAAGUGAGGUAUGAUGGCAUGCACCACCUACCUGAAGUGAGUGAAAAAGAAUGGCAAGAUAGGUGCAUGAAUGAAGGAUGCACAG